GGAUUCCCCACACCAUCAUUUGCUCACCAGACUUGUCAAGAAUAAAGAGCAUUUUGCAACUAUAGUUUUAGCCUCUGUAAAUCAAAAGCGUGGUGAUGGAAAUAGUUGAAGACGUUGUGAUUGUGGGAGCUGGAAUUGCUGGUCUGACCACAUCCUUGGGACUUCACAGGCUUGGAAUUCGUAGUUUAGUAUUGGAAUCAUCAGACGAGUUAAGGAUCACUGGCUUUGCGUUCACGACAUGGAGCAAUGCCUGGAAAGCCUUGGAUGCUGUUGGCAUCGGUGAAUCUCUUCGGCAUCAACAUUACCUUACGCCAAGCAUACUCGUUGCCUCUACAUUUUUAGACCAGCCAGCUUCAGAGAUAUCAUAUAAGGGUCAUGAAAUUCGGUGUCUUCAAAGGAGAUUGUUGUUGGAAACUUUAGCAAAGGAACUCCCCAGCGAUACCAUCAGGUUCUCUUCUAAAGUGGUUUCCAUUGACGAAUCUGGCUUCUUCAAACGACUGCAUCUGUCUGAUGGAACCAUCCUCAAAACUAAGGUAUUGAUUGGAUGUGAUGGAGUGAACUCAGUGGUGGCAAAAUGGCUUGGUUUCGACAAGCCUGUAUUCACAGGUCGAUCAGCAAUUAGGGGUUCCGCAAAUUUCAAAGGUGGCCAUGGCUUUGGACUAAAAUUCAGGCAGUUCCUUGGCAAGGGUCUUCGAUCAGGCUUCCUCCCUUGUAAUGAUGAGAAUGUUUAUUGGUUUUUGACUUGGAUUCCAUCCACCAAAGAUGAAGAAUUAGAAGACGACCCAGUUAAACUGAAGCAAUUUGUAAUGAGCAAGCUUGAAGAUAUACCCAAUGAGAUGAAAUCUGUUGUAGGAAAAACUGAGCUAGAUGCCAUUGCAUCAUCCCCGUUAAGAUACAGAAGACCUUGGGAGCUUCUAUGGGGCAAUAUAAGCAAAGGCAACGUUUGUGUAGCUGGUGAUGCCCUUCAUCCCAUGACACCAGACCUUGGGCAAGGUGGAUGUGCAGCUUUGGAAGAUGGGGUUGUUCUAGCAAGGUGUAUUGCUGAAGCGUUACUGAAACCAGGUGGGGAAGAAAACAAUGGAAAAAUAGUUGAUGAAGAAGAGGAAUACAAAAGGAUUGAAAUGGGGCUGAAAAAUUAUGCUCAAGAGAGAAGAUGGAGAAGUAUUGAUCUAGUUAGCACAGCUUCUAUGGUGGGUUAUAUACAACAAAACAGCGGGAAGAUUAUGAACUUCCUCCGAGAUAAAUUCCUUUCCAGAUUCUUACCUGGGAUGCUGUUAAGAAAGGCUAGUUUUGAUUGCGGCACGCUCAGAUAUUGAUUAGCAUUUCUUCCCCCCCCUUUUUUUUAUUCUGAAAAUUUCAUUAGCAUUUGUUGAAUGAAUAAAUUUCUGUAUUAUCUUCUAAGUUUAUUUAACAUAGUAAUAUUUUAUAUUAGAAAAAAAACAUAGAAAUUGGUUGUAGAAAGAAGAUUAUUUUGUUAAUGUGAUUUUGAUUAGAGUGUACAUUAUCAAUAAUAUUGGUUUCACAUUUA